AUGUGGACCACAAAUAUUUGUUAUGAAAGAAAAAAAUUGUUCAUAGCAAUCGCAAUCUCAGUUUUGAUAUUUAUUUUCCUGCUCCUGCUGAGAGCGUCAGCAGGUGGACGGGGAGUUUCAGAAAGAGCUAGGCAACAUUUUAACUACUGGUUCCAGAAAACUGUGUUCAAACACAACUGGGAGGACAUCCACUGCCGCAGAAAACAUGAUAAUGAAACGAUUGUGGAAGAAAGCUGGAUUCCUGAAUUGGCAAAACAAUUAAAUUUAGAUGCCGAAGACGCCUCUGUGUUUGAUAGUAACACUGGAUGCAAUGAGUGGCUAAAACUCAUUAGGAAACAGUAUCCAAAGAUGAAAAUUGGAGGUGCCCAUGCCAAUCAGUAUGCCGUGGAAUAUGCCAAGAGGUUAUUUAAUGAUACGCCAGAAACAUUUGGAACUAUCGGCCCUGAUGGAAGACUAAACUUCUUGAAGGAUGGUUUGCAGUUUGCACAUGCUAUUAACUAUGGAGGGCUUAAAGAUCUGGGGAAUAAAGAGAUGCAGUGCAAUCUGGUUAGAGAACUCUUACGAAUAUUGAAACCUGGUGGUUCGUUGUACCUUGGUCACAACAUAGAGGAAAAUGAGUGUCGUGUACUGAAUAAAUAUGCAAGUGUCGCUCUUCCAGGUUGUUAUUGGUCAGAGACUUGUCUGAAGUAUCGUACUGAUAUUGCAGAAAUCUACUACAUCAGAGAAAAAGACCUUUUUGGAGACCAUUCAAAAAUCGACGACUGUUACACGGCAGUGUUCAUUCAUAAGAAAGUGAUAAUUUCAAAGGGGACAGAUGGGCAUGAAAAUCCUCCACCUAAAUAUGAACCACACAAGAGAAUGUAUUACUGUACCUCGGAGCAGCCUGCAGUUUCUGGAAAAAUAGCGGACAAAUUUCAAGAACUAACCAAGCAUGUGUUAAAAUCAGAUGUUGUGUUCCCAGGAAACUUAUAUCAGGGGUAUAAAAGGGCUAAAACCUUGCAUAGUUUAAGGAAAAAUGUAUCAGAGUCUGGCACCUCUAACUAA